AUGAUGCAAGCGAUCCAGCAAAUACAAAGAGACCAGCAUGACUAUGCAAACUGGGAUGACCAAGGGAUGGCGGAACUAUCCGAAGAAAUGCAUGCCUUGACACAUCGUGUUGAUGCCAUCCAGGAAUACACUCAGUAUAUGGGGUCGGACCCUAGCCAACAUGGUAGAAGUGAACAUGCACAAGCAAGAGUUAGAGCACAGAAAUUGAAAACGCACCAUACAAACGGUUGCAAGAUAUACAAAAGGAAAGAAAAACCAGUUGCCGGUUGGUUCAGAGGAGAUGGGGAGAGUCGUACAACACCAAGAAAUGAUGUUGCUGCUGGAAAUGGUGAAUGUGGUGUUGUUCCUGAAGGAGAAGAUUGUGGAGUUUCUCCUCCUCCUCCUCCACCACCUGCUGGAAAUGUUGAAGCUCCAAUGAAUGGAAAUGGUGAAGCUGUUGCUGCUGGAAAUGGUGAAGGUGUUGCUGUUGGAAAUGGUGAAGGAUAUGGUGAAGGUGUUGCUGCUGAAAAUGGUAAAGGAAACGGUGAAGGUGUUGUUGCUGGAAAUGGUGAAGGUGUUGCUACUGGAAAUGGUGAAGGAAAUGAUGAAGGUGUUGCUGCUGGAAAUGUGGAAGGUGUUGCUGAUCCUGAAGAAGAAGACAGUGUGGGGUGUUGUUUUGGCUUCUCAUGUGCGCCAAAAGAUUCCAUGGUGGAUCCUAGAGGUUGGGAAGAGAUGUUUGGGCAGGGCAUAGAUAAGUUUACUUAUGUGGAGUUUGGAAAUAUUGGACCUGGGUCAAACACGGAUGGAGAUGGGGAAAGUCGUACAACUCCAAGAAAUGGUGUUGUUGCUGGAAAUGGUGAAGGUAGUGUUGUUCCUGAAGGAGAAGAUUAUCUUGGGUGUUGUUUUGGCUUCUCAUGUGGGUCAAAAGGUGGGGGAAACCAGCAGGGAGGUUCUCCUCCUCCUCCUCCUCUAGCCCUUGCUGGAAAUGUUGAAGCUCCAAUAAAUGGAAGUGGUGAAGGUUUUGCUGCUGAAAAUGGAAAUGGUGAAGAUGUUGCUGCUGAAAAUGGUGAAGGAAAUGGUGAAGGUGUUGCUGCUGGAAAUGGUGAAGGUGUUGCUACUGGAAAUGGUGAAGGAAAUGAUGAAGGUGUUAUUGCUGGAAAUGGUGAAUGUGUUGUUGAUCAUGAAGAAGAAGACUGUGUGGGGUGUUUUUUUGGCUUCUCAUGUGGGCCAAAAGGAGAUGGGAAAAGUUGUACAACACCAAGAAAUGGUGUUGCUGCUGGAAAUGAUGAAGGUGGUGUUGUUCCUGAAGGAGAAGAUUCUGUGGGGUGUUGUUUUCGCUUCUCAUGUGGGCAAAAAGGUGGGGGAAACCAGCAGGGAGUUUCUCCUCCUCCUCCUCCACCCCCUGCUGGAAAUGUUGAAGCUCCAAUAAAUGGAAAUGGUGAAGGUGUUGCUGUUGAAAAUGGUGAAGGUGUUGCUACUGGAAAUGGUGAAGGAAAUGAUGAAGGUCUUGUUGCUAGAAUUGGUGAAUGUGUUGCUGAUCCUGAAGAAGAAGAUUGUGUGGGGUUUUGUUUUGGCUUCUCAUGUGGGCCAAAAGGUAGGGGAAAUCAGGAGGGAGUUUCUCCUCCUCAUCCUCCACCUAAGGCUUCAAUAUAA